CCCCACCAAUGACCAAAGUGCUCCAAUGCAUGAUUAUUACGUUGGAGCCUCUUCUUCUUCUUCUUUAGAUUUGCAAUCUCAAUUUAUUUUUUAUUUUUGUUUUCUCGCUUCCAAAUUUAUCAAUUUUUUUGGGGAUUUUUAGGGUUUGAUGUUGCUCUUUUGAAUAUUUUUGUGGAUGGUGUAAAUGUGAGAGAAGGUUUCGUUAUGUUAAAGAGGCAGUCCAACGCCAUUCUCUACAGAAUCGCAAGCUUCGAUUCACAUACCCUCAUGUCUUCUUAUACCGAUCCUCUAAUUGUGCGAUCGCUUCACACUCCUCGAUCCGUCCGGAACAGCUUUGGUCCUGAUUUCGUUAACAGAAUCAAUCCCUUUCAAAUUUACACCAAAAACUACAGUGGCUCCUCUUGUUGUGGUUUGUUCAAGGCUAAAGGUGGAGGAGCAAAGCCCAAUGGAUUAACCUUGAGGAGUUGUUUUGAUUCUCACAAGAAAGCUGAUCAAAAGGCUAGAGCUUUAACUCAGCAUCGGCGGCUUCUCCAUGGUAUGGGAUCUGGGCCUAGUGAAGAACGCCUCGGCGGCGGCGGAGCCACCGACCUAGCGGAUGGCCGGGGUGCAUGUCUGCGUACGAGGUUCCAAGGGAAUGAUAAGAUUGUUGUCGCUGUUGACAUAGAUGAGGUUCUUGGAAACUUUGUCUCGGCCAUUAACAGGUUCAUUGCGGACCGCUAUUUGUCUAACCAUUCAGUCUCAGAAUAUCAUGUCUACGAGUUCUUCAAGAUAUGGAACUGCUCUCGCAACGAAGCCGACUUGCGUGUUCACGAGUUCUUUAAGACAUCAUAUUUCAAGAAAGGGAUCCAUCCUCUUCCAGGUGCCCAUAAGACUCUUCACAAGCUAUCAAACUAUUGCGACAUGUCGGUCGUGACGUCCCGGCAGAAUGCGAUAAAGGAGCACACACUUGAGUGGAUCGAGAUACAUUUCCCAGGACUCUUUCAACAGAUUCAUUUUGGAAACCAUUUUGCUCUUCAUGGAGAGUCUAGACCAAAAUCUGAAAUCUGCAGGUCAUUUGGAGCAGAGAUAUUGAUUGACGAUAACCCGAGAUAUGCGGAGGAAUGCGCUAAUAUCGGAAUGAAGGUUCUCCUCUUUGACUAUGAAAAUUCAUACCCUUGGUCUAAGACGGAGUCAGUCGAUAGGCAUCCUUUGGUGACUAGAGUUCAUAGUUGGGAAGAGGUGGAGCAGCAGAUUCUCUCGUUGGUAGUAUCAAAGUGUUGAAACCAUUUUAUGCAACAACAACGACAAAGGUUCUUUUGCCGGUGCAAAAAUUAUAGUAUUAAUGUUUGAGAUGCUAAGUGUAUUAUAUAAACAUGAAAGAAAGCUGAACCAAUCCACCCAGACAGCUUGAAGGGGAAAUAAAAGUAGCAAACAGAGAUGGAAUUAGCUUUAAUUGUCCCUUUUAGCAUCAUUUUAAUGUCUUCUUUCUCUUUUCUUUUUGUAGUUUGGUUUCAAUAUUUCAGCUACAUUUGCUAUGAUGUAUAUAAAAUUAAUCAAGUCAUUUCGCUUUUCAAAUCUA